AUGUUCGCAUCCUACCAGAAGGAGCUUUUGCAGUCUUUGGCCGACUCCAAAGCGGAGAUGGAACGUGUCCAGCGAGAAGAAGAGGAGCGUGCAAAACAGGCUGAAGCGCGUAGGAUCGAGAGAGAGGCUUAUGACGAUGUAGUGAUUAAGCAGCGAGUAAGAGUAAGUUGUAUUUUUAGAAGGGUUGAGUCAUCGAGUUCGAAUAUGAUUGUUGAGUAUUUGAGGGUAACGUAGUUUGUUGUUCUAUAUCAUGUUCGAUGUGGUGGAAACAGAGAAUUAUCUGACAUGAUCGUAGUUUUAUAUGUGACCUAGUGGGUGGCAAAUCAUCUGAAAUGAGCUACCAGUUCUAGGUAGUGGAAGAUCAUUCGGUAGUUCUUUGUGAUGGACUCUUGUCUAGUUUGUGAACCUCCUCUAAUAGCAAGCGGAAAGGAGGGCAAAAGAAGAAGCUGAAAGGCGAGCGAAGGAGGAGUCAGAGCGAAAGGCGAAGGAAGAGGCCGAAAGAAAAGCUAAGGAGGAAGCUGAGAAACAGGCAAGAGAAGCCGCAGAGGAGGCCCGAAAGGAAUCAGAACGACAAGCCGAGCUGCGGCAAGAAGCAGCGGCGG